AUGGGGAGAGGAAAGAUUGAGAUAAAGAGGAUUGAGAAUGUGAAUAGCAGGCAAGUUACUUUCUCGAAACGAAGAUCGGGACUUCUAAAGAAGGCGAAAGAGUUGUCCAUACUUUGCGAUGCUGAAAUCGGGGUUAUUAUUUUCAACACCACUGGAAAACUCUAUGAAUUCGCUAGUUCUUGCAUGGAGCAAAUCCUAGCCAGAUAUAACAGGCGUCCACUUCCUCAUGAUCAUGAUACUUCAAGAUUGGUUUCAGUUGCAAAUAUUGCUGUUCAUGAUCAUCAUCAGAUAGAAGCAGCACAUGACUAUGAGGCAGAAGUGGAUGCUCUAAGAGCUGAUGUUGCAAGGUUGCGAAGGAUUAACAAAAGAAUGAUGGGGAAAGAAUUGGAUGGCAUGACCUUUAAGGAACUGCAAAGCUUAGAACAUCAACUUAACAAUGGCAUUUUGUCUGUUAAGGAGAGGAAGGAACAAAUGUUGAUGGAGCAGCUUGAAAGAUCUAGAUUACAGGAGCAGAAGGCAAUGUUAGAGAAUCAAACUCUACGCGAACAGAUUAAAGAGCUUCAGCAGGAUAGGAAGAGAUCAUCAUGUGCAUUGAUGAUGAGUAGCAGCCCAAAAACUCCUCCAUCAAUGGUCAUAUGCAGUUCGAGCCAUAAUUCUGAUCACAAAGGAGGAGAUUCCGACACUUUAUUGCGCCUCGGUGGUGUGUGCAGUAUGGCGUCUUAUGAUCAGAAUAAUAUGUAACGUUUAUAAUGACAAAUCACAACUAUUAUAUUACAGAUCCAUGUCAUUUCUUCAUGGCUAGCUAGUUAGAUCGAUUAUUAAUUUUAAGC